GCGCCGACCCGCUCCUCGGUAGGUCAACGAUGACUCAAGAGGGAGAUGCGUCGGGGUCCAGAGCCCCUGCGCUCCGUCGCGGCCACGCCCGCCACGACGGCCCAGGUGCGUACGCGGCGGCAGUCCUCCGGCUCCCAAUCGGCACGGACAAGGAAGAGAAAGAGGAGGGCGGCUGGGAACCAGAGAUCGAACAAACGGAAGAGUGCCAGUGAGGAGGAGAAGGAGGAGGAGGUCUCGUCUGCCGGAAGCUCUCCACUUCGCGAGCUCGACGUACCGGAUGAGAUCUAUGAUCUUGACGAUCCGGAGAUAUGGAAAGUAAUUGAUAAGGCGCAAGCAGAAAUCGAUGCAAAAUUAGCUCGCCGCACGGCAUGGGCCACGCUUAAUAUGCGCAUGCUCAGAGGUAGCAUGUGCGUACUUGAUGAUCCAAAGCUUGUUCCUGACCGUGAAUCUGCAAGAAAGGCCGUGCUUAAUGCUGCUCAAUCUUUUGUUGGACUUACAUCCUCUGUUGGUGGUAAGCCGCUAGCACGAUCCUGCGGUUUCUGGGUUCAUUGGGAUGAGGAGAAAAAGAUUGGUACGGUUCUGACAACGUCACGUCUAAUUUGCACCAAGUCCCCAUCCAGGAGCGCCUGGUUAGGACAAGAAGAGUAUGAUAUUGAUGCUGAGGUUCUCGUGCACCUGCGGGGUAACACCACUGAAAAGGCCCAACUGCAGUAUCAUCAGAAGCACUAUGAUUUGGCCUUCUUCAAGGUUAAAGUAGAUAAGCCUGUCCAUAUACUUCCUUUCAAUGAUGGUGUGAAACAUGGUGACCAAGUUUUGGAGCUUGGAAGAGAUGAACAAUCAUUUCUGAGGAUAUGCCAUGGUGUGGGAAAAAAUGAGAUACUCGAGAGAAAACUUGCUUGAAAGAUAUCAUUAUAUGCAUGUUGAUGGUGCAGAUCAACAUGCUAAGUAUGCAAGGGAGGGCCACUCAUUGACUUUGAUGGAAAAAUUGUUGGAAUGUUCAAUGGCAACACGAGAGGCUCUUUUAUACCAUCUUCCAUUUUAGUCAAGUGCUUGCAGCUAUGGAGGAAAUUUCAGUGCAUCCCUCGGCCUCAUCUUGGAAUGAAGUUUUGGUCAAUCAAGUUUGUAGACAUUGCGCUUGCUGAGAAUAUAUUGUACAUGUGCAAUAUUGAUGAUGGCCUUAUUGUUGAAGAGUUCGUUGUUGUCCUUGAAUAAGGGAGCUCAGUGAAACACCAGGAUCAGUACCGUGCCCCACUUGACCGAGGGACAACGGUGGCUUUAUUUAGGGAGUGGAGGGCAGACUUGGUUUUGGAAUCUCUUGUAUAUACCCUCAUUGUAAAUACCAUUCUAUAUAAAUGAAAAAUGACGCAGUAGGGACCUUCCCUACUGCGUAAAAAAAAGACAUGGUUUU